AUGAAGAAAACUGAAUAAGAUCAUGACGAAUAUAAAAGACCACCAAACUUAUUGAAAGCCAAAAAACAUGGAAUUGCUAAAAGAUUUGCAGCUCCAAUGCCUUUUACUGAUUUUGAUAAAGGAAGUGUCUGUCCAUGUUGUGGAUAUCCAUACAAAAACUAAAUCCUUCCAAUAUGCGUUUCUAUAUCAGAAUUCAGUUUCAUAGGAUCAGGAAUAGUUCUGUACUUUGAUUUUGUGAUUUACUCACAAAUAAUUUUACUUAUCUACAUGUUAGUGUAAUAAAUUAUAUAGAUCAAUAGUAGGAGUGUAUACCUUUUAUGAUAAUAGUUAAGGAUUCAGAUGCUAGAUUGAGAAUAGAGAAACACAUUCUGGAUGUGAAGAAGAUAUCUACAAUAAGUUUUCAAGAUCUAAUGUAUAUAAGUAAUGAGCAUCUAAAUAAUUAAGAGAGUUAGAUGUGGUAGCUAGUUACUUAAAUUUUGCAACUUUGAUUAUGUUGAUGAUCUCUACUUUGAUCUAUCGUAGACAUAUUAAUAAAAUUUGUUUAGAAAUUGAUGAUGCAGAAAUAGAAGCAUCUGAUUAUUCUAUUAUGAUUUAUAAUGCUCCAAAAAAUUGUAAAAAAGAAGAUAUUAGAUCUUACUUUUUGUAAGAGGAAGGUAUGGAAGAAUUGGAAUUGAGAAAGAUUUGUAUGGCUUAUGAAGUGAAACCAUUUUUAUAAUUAAAAAUAGAAUUAGAGGAAUAAUAAUCAGAAUUAUCACAUGUUUUGGAUCUGGAAAGAUAAAAAAAGAAGUCUUCUAAAUCAAAAACAGAAAUUCUAUUGAAAAUUAAAGAAAUUCAUGAAAAAUUAGAUUAUGUUGAUAAAUAUAAGGAUGUUAUUUUCAGAUUUACAGGUGUUAUCUUUUUAUCAUUCAAUUAUGAAAAACACGCUGAUAUAGUUUGUGAUUAAUUUAAAUAGACUAAAUUCUAAUUAUUAUUAGAAUAACUUAAUAUAAAGAAAUAUUAAAAUAGAAAGUUUCUUGGAAAUUCAAUAAUAGUUAGAAAAGCACCUUUACCUGGUGAUAUAUUAUGGGAAAAUUUAGGUAUAGAAAUAAAAGAAUAAUAUAAAAGAAUAGUGACUACAAAUGUUGUAACAGCAGCUCUAUUAGCUAUAGGGUUAGCCAUGAUAUUUGGAUUAUCUUAUAUGUAAGAAUACAUAAAUGCAUAAGUGGAUUAUGAUCCUACUACAACUGCUGUAAUUAUCAAUUUUCUAGGUUUUUUAGCCUCACUAAUUAUUUCCUUUAUAAACAGUAUUUUAUCAUCUACAAUUAUCAAAUUAAUUAUAAGAGAAUAGCAUUCUACUAAAACUGAAUAUGAUAUAAGUAUAGCAAAGAAGAUAGGUUUGGCUGAGUUUAUUAAUGUAGCAAUAUUAACUCUUUUAGUUAAUAUAUUAAUUAAAGGUUAAAAUGAAACAACUCUAAAUACAAUGUAUCAAAAAGGAGGUUUGAAUUCAGAUGUGAUGUGGAUAUUUAUGACAGAUUCCUUUAUGCCUUGGUUCAUGUUUAUUGUUGAUUUUGAACAUCUAAAGAAAUUAUUUAUACGUAGACAGAUCAAAUAAUUGGGAUCAAAUUGUAAAUUAACACAAAAAUAAGCUAAUGAGUACAUUCAUCCUCUUAAACAAGAGCAUUUGAGGGUCCAAUGAUUAAUUUGGCAGAAAAGUAUCCAGCAAUAGCUAAGACUUUAUUGAUGGCUCUUUUCUAUGCUCCAUUGUUGCCAGCUUGUUCUUUUUUUGCACUUGUGAGUAUUAUGGGAAUUUAUUGGAUUGAAAAGAUUUUAUUAUUAAGACGAGAUUCAAAACCCUUACCUACAGGCAGUGAUAUGGCUUAAGCUAUGGUUGAAUUCUAUGUAGAUCUUUUGAUACUGAUUUACAGUGUAAUAAUUCAUUAUUAUAUAUUCAGCUAGGCAAUUGCAUAUGGGAAUAUACAAUAUUUAAGACUAUGCAUUGGUCAACAUGGAUUUCUUUCAUUAUUUGUUCCAUCUUUUAUUUGCUUCCAAAAGAAAGAGUCUUAGAAUUUAUUUUAAAGAUAGGAAUAGACAAUGCUACUGAAGAUUCAUAUGAUUCCAGAAGUCCUACCUUCUUGGAUGAUUAUGAUAGAAGAAAUCCAGUUACUGCAGAAGAAGCAAAAAAAAUUUGGAUAGAAAAUUAGUAAUAACAAAAUUCUGAUAUGCAUCAAAUUAAUCAAAUGUAUUAUUAAUAUAUAUAUUUUAGUAUGUCUGCAAAGUAACUUGACAUUUCUAUCUAUCGUUAUCAUUAUAAUAUAAUGCAAUAAUAAUCUAGAUAGUAGAUUUUGAUGACUAAUCAUAAGUCAUUUUCAAAGGUUCAUCCAGAAUUCAAAACAGAAAAUAAUUAUAAUAUGAAAAAGCUAUAAUAUUGA